CUUUGACGAUGGAUGUAUGUCCUUCAUGUGGAUCAUGCAACUUUUCUGAGGACGACCAUGUCCUAGUGUGUCUUAAUUGCCAUACUGUUCUAAAUGAUGCACCUCUCAUCACUCAUGGAGCUGGUUCUCUUUUUCAUAAACAGGGCAAAACACUCAUUGUAGAAGCAUGGAUCAAAAAGUAUGCCGCUGCUUUUGCGGUACCGGAAGAAGACAUAGUCGCUGCCAUGCAACUUUUUGAACGGUUCCGCGCCACCGGCUUCAAAGGCAGGAAGAGUGCCGAAGUCGCCCUCAGUCUAGUUGCUUUGGUUUCACGUCAUCGGUUACCGAAUUAUAUGCUGUGCGAUUAUUGCGCCAAAGUCGGCAUGAACUUUCGCAAGAUGGUGCGCGUGUAUAUGGAAAUCAAAUCACGAUUAAGACUCGCUGACGAUAUAUGGAAAGUAGAAAAACAAGUAGAGACGGUGAUUUCACGGUUGUACGACCCGAUGAAGCAAAUGAUGGUGGAGCACCGUACGAAAAAGCAGAAAGAGCCAGCCAAAACGGCGGAUCUGAAGGAACUCAGGAAAAUGGUGCAAGGCACGAUGCACUUUACUAUAGAAAGUGAUUUGGAUAUCGGUCGAGCACGACGACCAGUGGUUGGCGCAGCCGUUGUAUUGACAUUUCUCAGUCUCUCGUCGCCUGUGUCCCGGAUUGAUUGGGACACGCUAGCCAGGUCGCUAAAUUGCGCCACAUCGACGCUAUAUGACCGAUACAAGGAGCUGACCAAGCGACUGUAUCAGUAUGUAUUGGAUAAUCAGCGAUAUUUACCGUGGUUGAUGAAACCAAACACGCCAGUGACACCACGAAACAUCCAUCUGUACUUGUACGAAAUUUUGACUUUAUACCAUGCCAAAGAUGCUCCAAAAAGCACAGAAAAGCACAUAUCCACCAACACAAUUUUGCCUUGCCACGCACCAUCCUAUCUUCGUGCCCAACAGAGCAGAACAACAAGAAAACGUCAGAUACUCGAAGCCAAGCUAUACAAAUCAAGGCCGGGUACUCAAGCACUGAGUAUUGAAGGCCAGCUCAUCGCGUUCCUUUUGUCCAACGGUUACACCGAAGACGAACUUUUGGAGAUGUCCUUGUCGCACAUUCGCCUCCGUGUAGCCACCAUUUGUGACCGCCGACGUGCGCAACUUCAAGGCACCUAUACCACCCCUUCGAAAAAUCUUGAUCGUGUCACCGUCGAUGAAAGUGACAUGGCACCCAGUGAAGUAGCAGCGUAUUUAAAAUGGCCCGGCAAGCCGAUUGAUCCAAAAUCUCAUUACACAUGAUUCUCGGCUUUUAUUUCGGUUAUCAUCGUUUUGUUUGCCAGAAAUUUGGCAGAGUUGUCACAGAAAUGACUCCUUUUUUUGGCACUGUCAUUGACCAAUUGACCAAUUCGGCACUCGAAUUGAUGACACAUACUCUAAAGACAUUUUGCUUGAUCAACUUCUCCACUUUAAAGUAAUGACUUUGAUCUCUCAAUAGGAAAUAAUG